AUGAGUGGGCCAGGUCGGGAAUUCAGCAAUGACAAUCCAGCAUGGAAUCAGAGCCCUUCCCAAUUCGACCGCUAUCUCGUCAAGCGGCAGUCACCACUGCUCUGCGGCGAGCCCAAUGGAGACAGAUCAGACUACAACCUCGAAUUGCAUAUCGGAUCAGUGUUCAUCAUCCUCUUCGUCUCCGCAUCGGCAUGUGCCUUCCCAUUGCUUGCCACGAAAGUGCCUCGCAUGAAGAUCCCGCCACGAUUUCUUUUUGCAGUUCGCCAUUUCGGAACAGGUGUUCUCCUGGCGACUGCGUUCGUGCACUUACUUCCGACGGCAUUCACGAAUCUGACUGACCCAUGUCUCGGUGGAUUUUGGACGGAGGACUAUCCUGCAAUGGCAGGGGCUAUUGCUCUAUUGGCCGUUUUCGGCAUUUCUAUAAUCGAAAUGGUGUUCAGUCCUGGACGCUCGUGCUGCACUGUCACUGCGCAAGAAGCAUCUCCAGUAUCAAUGGAUGAAAUGCGAUUCGAGGACAAGCAGCCAGGACCGAAUCCACCAGACGUCGAGUCGCCAGAGGACUCAAGCCUAGCAUCUGGCGUGGGGCCCUUGUAUGGUCGUACAAAACUUGGCCGAAGGAACAGCACUGGACAGCAGCUGGCUCGAAUGACCUCUGGAUCUGCCUCUCCAUCUCUCCGCGGGCAUAAUGUCUCAGGAUCUGGCCGAAGUGACAGUGGCGGGCAACAUCUGGCACGGAUGACGUGUAAGUCUGUGCCUGAACUUACAGGCGAGGACGAGGAUAACAUCACCGCGACGGAUGAUUUCCCGGCACAUGAUGACUCAAGUGCCGUCGAGCAUGUCGCAAGCCCUUCCCCUUCCGUCUCGAGCAACUUAAAGUCGCCCGAGCUCACGAGACUUGCUGACCUCGAAGCUGGUGUCAAAGACCUGAAGCCAACAGCAGAUCAGAAACGACAAAAGUUACUACUCCAGUGCCUGCUCCUCGAACUCGGCAUUCUCUUCCACAGUGUCUUCAUUGGGAUGGCUUUAGCCGUUGCUGUCGGCAAUUCUUUCAUCGUCCUUCUCCUCGCCAUUGUUUUCCAUCAAACGUUCGAAGGUCUCGCACUUGGCAGCCGCAUCGCCGCAGUUGAAUGGUCACCGGCCCAGGCGAAAGGCUGGCAUCGUUACCAGCCAUUGAUGAUGGCAUUGGCUUACGGGUGCACCACGCCCUUUGGUCAGGCGAUCGGCAUUGCCACCCAUACUUUGUACAGUCCCAGCAGCAGGACGGGUCUCAUUAUGGUCGGCAUCAUGAAUUCGAUCAGCGCUGGACUCUUGACGUAUACGAGCCUUGUUGAUUUACUUGCGGAAGAGUUCAUAAGCGACGAGAGCUGGAGGACCCUGAAAGGGAAGAAGAGGAUUGUCGCUUUUCUAGUGAUGUUUGCUGGUGCGGCUGGCAUGAGUCUAAUCGGUGCUUGGGCUUGA